UUAUUUAAAGUAUAGAAGAACCGUCACGUGUUCUUCUCUCUCUCUCUCUUUCUCUCAUCUCACACCAAUCAUCAUCGCCCUUGACCUUAAACGCGUAAAUUCAAUCUGAGAGGAGAAAGAUCAAAUCCAGAGGAGAAAUCAUCUUAAGAUCCAGAAUCGUCGGAAAUGUCUACGUUUAGUGGAGAUGAAACCGCUCCUUUCUUCGGCUUCCUCGGCGCUGCCGCUGCCGUCGUCUUCUCAUAUUCUAGUUUCUUUGGACAAGGCAUGGGAGCUGCAUAUGGGACAGCCAAGAGUGGUGUGGGAGUGCCAUCUAUGGGUGUGAUGAGGCCUGAGUUGGUGAUGAAGUCUAUCGUCCCCGUUGUUAUGGCUGGUGUUUUGGGUAUCUACGGUUUGAUUAUUGCUGUUAUCAUCAGUACCUGAUGGUAGAUACUUAGCUUACCAAGAGCUAGGUGUUUCAGCAGAGAGAGCGAGAUAUUCUUUAGUUACUCCUCAUUCUUUUAUCUCCUCUCGACUUGCAGAAGAGAUGAUGCUUCUCAUCAGAGCAACUCUUCAGGGUCUUGCUUGGAUGUGAAGAACUCAAACGGCUUAGCUGACUUGAAUGAGCCACUCAAAUGGCAAGAUUCAGAACCUGUGUCUCUGUCCAGGGAUAUGCAUUCUCAUUACGGAGAAACAAUGCAGAUGUUCAAGGACAGUGGUUGCAUAAAAACACAAGUCAAAAUGGCGUGCCAAGUUGUUUAUGUGAUAGUUAGCAUGUUCUGCAUUUUCAUUUCAUUUCUCUAAUCUUUGCAAUGAUAUAAACAGAGACGCACGUUUUUCUCUGUGUGUCUUCAUGCUCACAUAUGUUUUAUUAGCUGAAAAUAUGUCGUAGUAGUGUCUUCUUAUGCAUGUACUUGUCGAUGGUUCAUGAAUUGUUUGCUUAUUAGUAUGUAGCCAUUAUUGCAUAUCUUCUAAUUCUCAAAUGUUUUCAUGUGGCAUUGUA